CCUGGCUGUGAUAUUCUGCCUUCAGACGGUGCCGAGGCGCACCGACACACUCACGCAGGCUACGGUUCCCGAUCACCGGACUGACUCUCUUCUCCAGCCCGCCGUGCUCUGCUCUCCCGCCGGCCGGCUCUUCACCUCUGUCCGCAGCCGACAGGAUUCCUGAAAGUGGCCACCUCUUGUCGGCUUCCCCAAAGAAACAGAAGAUUAGAGGAGGAAACACUGGAGGAGCACCGGGAGAGUUCAGACUAUGUCAGCUAAAAGAACAACAACCCAAUUGUUAGCAGAACAGAAACUGGAGCUCUUCGCAUCAUAAUGUAGUUCUUCUGACUCCCUUCAUGCAACAUCUUAGUUGACUGUUUUUGACUGAGUCUAACUGAGGGAUCAAUGGAGCAGGUCGAGGAGGAUUUGAACCUCUCCUUUCUGCUGGAACAUGAGAGAGAGAUGAUCCUGAAGGUGCUGCAGAAAGACGAGAAACUGAGGAAGCGAGAGGAGAAGAGGAUACGGAAGUUGAAGAAUGAGCUGCUGGAGAUCAAACGAAAGGGUUCCCGUCGGCCCCAGGAGUUGGGCGAGCGACAGUGCGCUCGCUGCCUGAGGGCUUUGGGCCUGAUUUUUGACCGUGGAGAUCUCUGCGAGGAGUGUCAGCUGCGGGUCUGCAGCAACUGUCGCGUUGCAACUCCCAACGGACGCCAGUGGAAGUGUAAUGUUUGUGCCAAGAUCUCGGAGCUGAAGGUGGUGACAGGAGAGUGGUUCCUGGAGGAGCGGUCCAAACGCUUUGAGCAGAAAGUGCUGAGCAGUGAUGUGAUCAAACAGAACAUCCUGAGCAGCCCGACCACCACAGACAAAAAGUCUACAGAGACCCUUUCGACCCCCUCUGAGUCCGAGAGACCUGACACCCCGAGAUCUCAUAGGAGCGCAAUACUCAUCGCUAUGGACGGUGCCAGGAGGAAAGGACGGAUGAAGAUGGAUAAAAAAGGCAGCCGACCCACCUUGAAGCCAGAGAACGGAGUCGACAGCGUCAGUGUCAAAUCUGUUUCGGAUGGAGAUGCUCAAAGCGUACGAAGUGUCCGCUCUGCUCCAAGUCCGCGUUCAAACAGGGGAGGUGCGGUGGCCUUGGAGUCCUCUGGGAUGCCCACAGUACCCAACAACCUGCGAUCCCAAACUUUGGACAGAUCAUCCACUCCCAGCGACAACCGGAGGGUCAGGCCCGAUGGAGCGGAGAGCGUCGCCAGUUUGCACUCCAGUGACGGCACGCCUGAGCAGAAAGCUGCCGGCAAUAACAGGAGGAACUCUGGCACUCCCACCAUUUCUGUGUCAAGGGCCUCGGUCUCAUCAGAUCACUGCCGCUCAGAGAUGGACCUGUCAGCUCCUGGUUCUGAACCCAGUGACGACGCCUUCAGUCUCAGAAGCCGUUCGGUUCCCGGGCUCAAUGAAACAGAGUUUUCUGAUGAGGAUGGGGAGGAAGACAUCGAUGCCCUGAUGUCGGCCCACAGCAAGCCUGCCAGCCGACGCCUCAGCAACGCAGUGUCAACGUCUUCCACUCCCGGCUCAGAGAGAAGGUGGGGGUACCUCAAUAUCCCUGACUCGGAUGCUGAGACUAGUAGUAUCAACAGCAUGAUGAGUAUGUACAGUGAGACUGGUGACUAUGGCAACGCCAGGGUGAGUGGUGAGAUCCUGCUGAACAUCAGCUACAGCUACAAAACUGGUGCUUUGAAUGUCCUGGUCAAAGAGUGUCACAACCUGGCAACAGGAGAUGAGAGGAGGCAACGCACGGACGCUUAUGUGAAGACUUACCUGCUGCCAGAUAUGUCACGACAGAGCAAGAGGAAGACGAGCAUCAAGGCCAACACCAUUAACCCUGUUUUCAAUGAGAAUCUGAGGUAUGUGAUCAGCCACUCGCAGCUGGAGACACGAACCCUGCAGAUCUCUGUGUGGCACCACGACCGCUUCGGACACAACAGCUUCCUGGGAGAAGUGGAGCUGACCUUUGACACCUGGGAGUUUGACUCCCAGAUAGAGGAGUGGUACGCUCUGCAGCCAAAGGUGGAGAACAGUAUAGACUCCACAAUGCAGUAUAAGGGAGAACUGACGGUGGUGUUGAAGUAUAUACCUGCAGAGAAGAACCUCAUGCUGCCUCUGGACCAAGUGCAAGUGAAGAAAGGAUUCCUGAAAAGCAAGAAGACGAGCAGCUUCACUCUGCCUAAAGGGGGCAUGGUUGAGCUGCUAGUCAAAGGAGCCAAAAAUCUCACCGCUGUCAAGUCCGGAGGCACUUCUGAUCCUUUUGUAAAAGGGUACCUUCUCCCUGAUAGCAACAAGUCAACCAAGCACAAGACGGCGGUGGAGCGACGCACAGUGAACCCACAGUGGAACCACACCUUCACCUACUGCGGCCUGCAGCCAGGAGACCUCAACAACGUCUGCCUUGAGCUCACCGUGUGGGACAAGGAGGCCCUGGCCAGCAAUGUCUUCCUGGGAGGAGUCAGGCUGGGAGCUGGCACAGGCAAAAGUUACGGGAACGAGGUAGAUUGGAUGGACUCAUACGGGGAGGAACAGCGGCUGUGGCAACGCAUGAUUGAAAACCCAGAAGUCCCUCACGAGUGCACUCUGAUGCUGCGAUCCAGCAUGCGCAAGUGUAACACAUGAGCGGACCGAAGCACAAACAGAGAGGAUAAAAGAGAAUGACAGGGGGGAGAGGAGAAAGAGAAAGAAGUGGUGUGAGGAGAGAGCUGCAGAAGUGGAGACUCCGUCCUUCUCCCUACUUCUUUCCCUCCCCUGAGACGCCCUGUUCAGAUCCCUUCUCCUGUCCAGAGCAGCCAGUCAUGCCUUACACACUCAUCUACAUGUGCCCCUCUGCCAUCCGAAGCAUCUCGUCUUGACCAAGCACUGCUGUUUACUGCUGUAUAUGGAAAAAAAAAAAAACAUGUUAUAUGUAUGUAACUUACUGUACCUACCAAAUAAGCACACAGUGACUCCUGAUGUGUCUGUCCUCGUCUCUGUGAUUCAUGUACCAGAGUCAUUUCUGCAUGUAGUUACAGCUGAUGGAGACCAUUUGUAAGGCAGUACACAAGGCACUGAUCAAUAAUGUAGAGACUUAGACAUUCCCUUUAUGAGCAACCAAGCUGCAUCCUGCUCUGAAGCACACAAUGAUGCUGAGAUUCAUCCCCUCAUAAACAGCUGUGUACAGAGGUGGAAAGUGACUAGUGUUAGUACUACUGUACCAUCCUACUUGACUUAAUUUUUACUCAAGCAGAGUGGUGGACCACUUAAAUAAAAUAGUAGCACGUUGAAAAUUUCUCAGAGCACUUACACUCACUGCGAAAUUUUUGUUUUUCGAUUCAUGAAGGAAAAGAUUAUCAAAGCAAAAUGAAAGGAGUAUCUAAUUAGGAGAAGAAGCUAAUUAAGCCUAAAGCUAAACUUCAUCAUACCAAACAUUAUACCUGCUUAGCAUCAGCAUGCUAGCAUUGUCGUUGUGAGCAAGAACAAGUCCUUGAAAAAAUGUACUUGCAACUACAAGAGUACUCCCAGUUAGUUACUUUCCACCCCUGGUUGUCUGCAAAAAAAAAUCUGUGGCACAAAGUCUAGACAGAUUACACAAUUUAGACUACUUUCAAUGUAAAUUUACAUAACACUGUAUCAGUGUAAUAAUAGAAACUGCAUGGUACUGUAUUAGAGAAAACAGAGGUAGAAGAACAAAAGAAAGUUACCUAAAGCACUGAUAAUGACAUCACUUUACACUCAGAAGAGGAACUCAACAGGAAGUGAGAUUUUCAGUGUGUUCCCAGGAACCCUGAGGUGGGGGCUGUGUGUUAUAGAGUGAGUCAGCACUGAGACGAGCUGCCGUCAUCUCAAGUGAAGCCUAAUGAUGAGUCGUGACCGUCACCUUGUCCCUGUCACCCAGGGCUCCACGACCCACCAUCCUGUGAUGAAUCACGCAGUUCACAAAAACGAUUUUCAAGUUAAACCCCGUAUGACCAUUUCUCAUGUGGAAUGCCUGUCCUGUCCGCUUGUCUUUGGCAAACGCUCUGAACUCCCAGGGCAAAACAGUUUCACACUCCACAACUACAGUAAUAAUACAUAGUGUGUGCAACAUAUUUUAGAUGAGAGACUCGUGCAAUACCUUAUUACUGAAGAAACUCUUGAUGUACAGCAUGUACUAUCUCUGUUGGUCUGGUUUCCAAGCAUCAGAUUCACUGUAUCCAAGCCUAUUUUGUCCCAAAUGUGUAACAAGAAUAUUUUGAAAUAAACACGUUUCCAUAGA